AUGCAGGAGGCUAGUACUCUGAAGAGUAGCCACGGCUGUGUGCCUGGCGCCACCUGCCGGCGAAGGAGGGGAAGCGCAGCGGAGCGCCCCGCUACUGCCGCUGCACAAAAGCCGGGCCCGCCCCUGGGGACGCUGCUGAGGGGUAGCUCCCAUUCAUACCGCUUCCAGCGCCGAUUCUGCGCGCCAGCUCACUCUGGGCAGAGCAACAGAGCUGCUGACCAAAGUGGUCACCUAGGCACUUUGGGAUAUCCUCCUGAGGCUAAAAGCUGUGUAAACAGGAAGAACGUGUCUUCACUUGCACAUCACCAGAAAAGCAUCACUGGUGGCUGUGUGCCACAAAAGCAGAAACCAAUCCAGCACCCGGGAAAAUCACUGAAUGUAAGAUGGAGUGAAACCCAACCACCAAAAUCCUAUUUGAAAGUGCCAUCCAAAUGGUUUAGGAAAUAUUGUACAAAAAUGUUCAGUUUAUUUAUGUCAGUGUUAUUAAAUUUUACCAAUCUACAGUUACCUAAACGACUGUGCCCACUAAAAUUUGUUGGAAUAUGGUUUAGAACUGUUGAAAAAACUUUCUGGACAAUAAGGUAUAAUUUAAAAUGUGUAAAACUGCCAAGGUGGGGAUGGGGAAACUGCACUGAAAAAAAUUAACAGGACUGGCCUGGAAAGUGGACUGUUUGAAAUUGCUAUGUUAGUCAGAAAUCAAGCUGACAGAUAUGCUGUGGGACCAUGACCAAGCAUUUCAACAGAAGCUAGCAACUAAAAUACUGCAUCCCCUGAAUAAGCAAAAUUAAGGACUCAUUAAACUUUGUUGACUGUUUACAAUAUGUUGUAAUUACUUUUUAAAAAGUCUGGUAGUACGUCUAUGUGUUUUCAUAAUGAUAUCAUGGGUGGUAUGUGGGGGUUACAUGCAGGGCCAGAUUUCUAAUUAGGCACAGUAGGCAUGUGCCCAGGGGUGCUGGUGUUCUAGGGGCGCCUAAAAGUUAGGUUAGUAGAGUAGAACC